UUGUUUUUUCUCCCCCUCCCACUCCACGCGCAGGCGUGUGCGGCGGCCUGCAGGGCCGAUCUGUCGGCCGAGGCGCCCGUCUACCCGGGGAACGGGCACCUCCAGCCCCUCUCCGAGAGCGUCCGCAAGUACGUCAUGAGCCACUUUCGGUGGAACAAGUUCGGCCGGAGGAACAGCAGCAGCAGCAGCAGCAGCAGCAGCAGCAGCAGCGGGGGCCACAAACGGGAAGAGGCGGCGGGGGGUAACCCGCUGCCCCCCAUCCCGCCCCCCCGCCGCAUGGAAGAGGAGGGAACCGGGCCGGAACGGGAGGAAGGCAAACGCUCCUACUCCAUGGAGCACUUUCGCUGGGGAAAACCCGUGGGACGCAAGAGGAGACCCAUCAAGGUCUACCCCAACGGGGUGGAGGAGGAGUCGGCCGAGAGCUACCCGCUGGAGUUCAGGCGGGAGCUGGCGCUCGGCAGCACCGGCGCGCCGCCCGAGGAGGAAGAGGGGGAGGAAGAAGAAGACCAGGAGGAGGAGAAGAAGGCCGGCGGCUCCCACCGCGUGCGCCCUUUCCGCUGGCACGCGCCCUUGAAGGACAAGCGCUACGGGGGCUUCAUGACCUCGGAGCACAGCCAGACCCCUCUAGUGACUCUCUUCAAAAACGCCAUCGUCAAAAGCGCCUACAAGAAGGGGCAGUGAUGGGGGGAGAGCCCGCGGGGCGUCCUGCCCCUGCUGCCACCUCCUCCCCUGGCCCUACCCCGUAGCUUUAGUGUCCCGCUGGCAUGUGUUUCACUUAGAGAUCGCUCGUUACGUCGUUCUUAAUUAGCACUCCGAAGGGGUCCGCCCCCCCCCCCCCGGGUUUCAAUUAACGGGAGCAGGUUAGGGGUAAAGACGUCAACCGCUUCGCCGCACCCGCUGGACACGUGCGGGGAGGAUGCCCAGUUUGGAGCACGCUGGGUGAUUUUCAUAUUUUCACGGAGCUGUACAAUACUGUAAAUGAUA